AUGCCACCUACUUACUCGUCUAACACUAUCAAAUAUUUGUAUGAGAUGCCACCUACUUACUCGUCUAACACUAUCAAAUAUUUGUAUGAGAUGCCACCUACUUACUCGUCUAACACUAUCAAAUAUUUGUAUGAGAUGCCACCUACUUACUCGUCUAACACUAUCAAAUAUUUGUAUGAGAUGCCACCUACUUACUCGUCUAACACUAUCAAAUAUUUGUAUGAGAUGCCACCUACUUACUCGUCUAACACUAUCAAAUAUUUGUAUGAGAUGCCACCUACUUACUCGUCUAACACUAUCAAAUAUUUGUAUGAGAUGCCACCUACUUACUCGUCUAACACUAUCAAAUAUUUGUAUGAGAUGCCACCUACUUACUCGUCUAACACUAUCAAAUAUUUGUAUGAGAUGCCACCUACUUACUCGUCUAACACUAUCAAAUAUUUGUAUGAGAUGCCACCUACUUACUCGUCUAACACUAUCAAAUGA